GGGGGGACAUUCAUUUAGGACCGGGGUUAGCCCAGGAGCUGCAGAGCGCUUUCAUUCCUCUUGGGACUGUGGUGACUUGUGGAUAGCAGGCGUGCUCUGCUGAUUCAUUUUCAUCACUGUUAACAUGGUGAUCAAAGUCUUUGUAGCCACAUCUUCGGGGUCUACAGCGAUCAAAAAGAAGCAGCAAGAAGUAGUGGGCUUUUUAGAGGCCAACAAGAUUGACUUCCAGCAAAUGGACAUAGCAGGUGAUGAAGACAACAGGAAGUGGAUGAGAGAGAAUGUCCCAGGUGAAAAAAAGCCUCAAAAUGGAAUUCCCCUCCCUCCGCAGAUCUUCAAUGAGGAGCGGUACUGUGGGGAUUUUGAAUCCUUUUUCUCUGCUAAAGAAGAAAAUAUUAUUUAUUCAUUCCUGGGUCUUGCUCCUCCUCCAGGCAUAAAGGAGAAUGAAAAAUCCGAUGCCACGGACAAAAAUGAAGCACACACGGAAGACAAGGCAGAUGAAGGGUCUCAUGAAGGGGCUCAUGAAGAGGCUCACUCUGCUCAGUCACCAUCAGAAGAUCAACAGGAAAGCAAGGAAGAACAUGAAGCAACAGGGGAAGAAGAAGAAAAUCAGGAAGAGGGAGAAGAAAAGCAGGAAGAGGGAGAAGAAAAUGAAGAGGUGGAGGAGCAAGAAGAGUCUUAGUACACUUCCCUUUGACACAUUCUUUCUUGAACAGGUUUUCAGGAAGCACAAGCUGGAGCAGCCCUGCCAAAGAAAAUAAAAUCACUCUCUCAAGCAAAUCAUCGCUACCUUUCAUGCCUGUAGACUUAGGAACAUAUAAAUAUAUAACAGAACAAAGACACCACUCUGACCUACCUGUGGCCUUUAUAUAUAUAUUUGGUAUUCCAGUUGCUUGUUAUAUAUCUGACUGAUGAUAUUUCAGUAGAUUGUUAUAUGUUGGAACAGUAUUGUCCAUGUCACAUAUAGUUUGUAAGCUCUUCAGGGCAGGAACCAUGUCUUUCUCCAUGUUUAUAUAUUGCCAAACACAUCGCUGCCACUCAACAGAUAACUGCACUCACACAAGUGAUGUAUGCAGAGAAAAAGAAAUUCAGCACUGAAAACUGCAAAGAGGCUUCCUGUAUACAACCUAUGUGAGUCACUUCUCCCUCAGCUGGCUUUUGAAAAUGAUUGAGAUUUCCAUUGUACAGCAGUUUAAAUAAAUGUGUUUUCUGUCAUA